CUCAAACACGCAUUUGGAAACAACAAAAAUAUUAUCGAAGACAAUUCCUGUCUCCCCACUCAGUUUCCACAUUCUUUCAUUCUUCCGUCCUUCCUCUCUCUCUCUUGAUUCCAACAUUCAAAUUUUAAAUCUCUCUUUUUAUCUCUCGAUUGUUUUGCAAAUACUGAGAAACAGAAAAUCAAUCUUCAGGGGAAAAGAUUGGUAGGUAAAUGAAGAGCAGAACGACAGCUGAGAAGGUUUCAGCUAAAUGGAUUCUUAUUCUUUGCAUUUGUAGCUUUUCUGUUGGUAUGCUUUUCACAAACAGGUUAUGGGCUAGUCCUGAAUCUAGUGGUCAGAUCAUCUCCAAACGAAGGCAAGAACAAGAGUUGCAAGUGCUAACCGAAGAUUGUACAAAGAAACAAAAAGGUGGAGAAAACAAGGAUGUAACGGGGGAGGUUCUUAAGACCCACAAAGCAAUUCAAUCUUUAGACAAGACAAUUUCAACGCUUCAAAUGGAGUUGGCUGCGACUAGAAGUUCUCAGGAGAUGGGGAGUGUCAAUGGCUCGUCAGGCACCUCCACAUCUUAUCAUGGUGGACCACCAAGGAAAAAGUCAUUUGUGGUUAUAGGAAUAAAUACUGCGUUUAGUAGCAGAAAGAGGCGUGAUUCUGUCAGAGAGACAUGGAUGCCACAAGGAGAAAAGCUUGUUAAACUAGAGCGUGAGAAGGGAAUUGUCAUACGCUUCAUGAUUGGACAUAGUGCCACAUCCAACAGCAUUUUAGAUCGGGCCAUUGAUUCAGAGGAUGCUCAGCAUAAUGACUUCAUCAGGCUGAAACAUGUUGAAGGGUACCAUGAGUUAUCUGCAAAAACAAAGAUUUUUUUUUCUACUGCUGUUGCAACAUGGGACGCUGAAUAUUAUGUAAAGGUGGAUGAUGAUGUCCAUGUCAAUUUGGGUAUGCUAGCUGCUACUCUAGCUCGUCAUCGUUCGAAGCCUCGAGUCUACAUGGGAUGUAUGAAAUCUGGACCUGUUCUUUAUCAAAAGAAUGUAAAGUACCAUGAACCUGAGCACUGGAAAUUUGGAGAAGAAGGGAACAAGUACUUCAGGCAUGCAACUGGGCAGAUUUACGUUCUCUCAAAGGACCUUGCUACAUACAUCUCCAUCAAUCAGGCGAUAUUGCACAAGUAUGCCAACGAAGAUGUUUCACUCGGUUCCUGGUUUAUUGGACUGGAAGUUGAGCAUAUUGAUGAGCGCAACAUGUGUUGCGGAACCCCACCAGAUUGCGAGUGGAAGGCAGAAGCAGGGAAUGUAUGCAUAGCAUCAUUUGAUUGGAGCUGCAGUGGGAUUUGCAAAUCAGUUGAAAGGAUUAAGGACGUUCAUGCUAGAUGUGGCGAAGGGGAGGCUGCUGUUUGGAAUGCUCUCUUCUAAAUCCAUUUUGAAACUAUGGGAAGUCGUCGAUGGAAUAAUUCAAGUAAGAAAAAACUCUUUCAUUGAGCUUCUUCAAGUGGCAGUUGUCUGAAGAUUGAGAUAUGGGAAAUGAAAGGUAUAGCUCUUUGACUCUUAGUACUGCCAGAAAAAAAGCAAUGCCAGUUUUGCUGAAAGCCGUUAGGUGGAAAUUGGUAAACAUGCACGUCGAGAUGGUUAAAGCCAUGAAAUGAUUUUCUAAAAAUUGGGGCAUAUGCCCUCGUAAUACACCCUGGAUUGGGGAAAACUGAGGCAUAUAUGUAUUCUUUUACAGAACUACACACUAGGAUUUUUAGCGAGAAGAGGUUAGCUGCUAGUUUUACUGGAUCUUUUAUAUUCUUUCUUUUCAUUUUUCUCCAUCCUCAUUUUUGCUUUUUCCAACUGUAUCUUGAUAGCUUUUACUCCCUCCGUCCAACUUUACUUGCCUAAAUUGUGUUUUUUUUAACAAAUUUGUACCAAAAAAUUGGUAUAUUUCCUAUUAAAAUUUUCUAAUUAUCAAGAAAGAAACAAAAACUAUGAUAUGAAAACUAGUAUAUUGAACAAACAAUUUGAAAGAUCGAUGGUGUAUGUGGAAGUAAUUUGAAUUUCUUUCAAGUUUUUGCAAAAUUCAAAUUAAGCAAGUAAACUUGGACGGAGGGAGUGUAAGAAUAUUGGAACCAAAUGCAAUACAAGAACAGCUCUACUAGCCAGUGGUUCAUUUGUGCAAAGUCUUUCACUUUUUGCUCCUCUUGAUUACAGAUUUCAAUUACUGUUUUAUUUUUUCUCUAAUUUUUUUUUGUAAGAUCUGAAGAGUUGAUUUUUUUCUAGGGGUUGUGGCCUGAGGUAUUGACAUCCCUUAACAGAUUGUUUAACCCCUGAAUCCGGAAAGAAAAUUACAUUAGAAUUUAAAGACUGGGUAUCUAGAAAAAGUGCAGAUGUAAUGUAGCUUGGCAUUCUAAUCCAUUGUUGUUUAUAGAUUCUGCUUUUUCUUGA